AUGAAUACGGGAACUAAAUUAAUAAAAGCUCAUGUUGGAGCUUUCGAAACUUUCAGAACAUAUCAUUCACAUCUAGAACUUCGAAAAAGUUUCUUCGAUUUUUUCCAGUCGAAAAAACACGAAAUCGUAAAAUCUGCGUCUGUAAUUCCUCUUGAGAAUGAUGGGUCUCUCCUUUUCACAAAUGCUGGAAUGAAUCAAUUCAAAUCUCUGAUUCUCUCUUCCACCGAACCAAGGAGGGUAGCCAACAUUCAAAAAUGUAUUAGAGCUGGAGGAAAACAUAACGACUUGGAUGACGUUGGCAAAGAUUUACAUCAUCAGACUUUUUUCGAGAUGAUGGGAAAUUGGUCUUUCAACGACGCGUUCUCAAAAGAAGAAGCGUGCAAAUUUGCCUGGGAUUACCUAGUCGAAGUACUUGGAAUCGACUCUGAAAGACUGUAUGUUUCCUAUUUUGGAGGAAUUGAAAAACUUGGAUUACCAGAAGAUCGGGAAUGUAAAGAAAUUUGGAAGAACAUCGGAGUUCCUUCUCAUCGAAUACUUCCAUUUGUUGCUGAAAACUUCUGGGAGAUGGGAGCAGCUGGACCUUGUGGACCGUGUACUGAAAUUCACUAUGAUAGAAUUGGCGGAAGAGAUGCUUCUAGUCUUGUGAACAUAGAUGAUUCCGUAGUAGAAAUUUGGAAUAUCGUUUUUAUGAGCAACGUUCGUGACUCUUCUGGAAAAAUUUAUAAUUUGGGAAGAAACCACAUCGAUACAGGGAUGGGUUUCGAACGUCUUCUCUCCGUUGUUCAGAACAAAAACUCAAACUUUGAUACCGACGUUUUCAUUCCAAUUCUUGCUAAAAUAUCAUCUCUAACUAAGAAGAAUCUGAAAUACAAUGGAAGCGUAUCCUCUCAAGAAGAUGCAGUUUUUCGUCUUGUGGCUGAUCAUGUUCGUGCUUCUACAAUUGCUAUCAGCGAUGGAGCAAUUCCGGAUGGGACUGGAAAUGGGUUCAUUGUCCGAAAAAUGAUGAGACGAUCUUUUCUCCAAGGAAAUUCAAAACUGGGAAUUGACCGAUUCGGAUUGAGUGACCUUGUUCCAACCGUAAUCUCUACUUUGGUAGGUGUAAAAAAUGUCUAUUCAGAAGUGGAAAAAUCUUCUGACAAGAUAAUCAAUAUUUUCAAAGAAGAGGAAACCCAGUUCUGGAAGACUGUUGAUAAAGCAAAAAAGAUGUUCGAUGUCGGUGCCAACGAAAAUAAGUCAUCUACGAUAUCAGGAAGAAAAGCUUUCAACUUGUUCGAAACCUAUGGGUUGCCACUAUCGGUCACAAUAGAAAUGGCUAGAAAUCUUGGGAAGGAAGUAGAUGAGAAAGAAUUUGAAAGAUGUCAACUAGAAGCACAAAAGCUAUCUCAAAAAGCUUCUCAAUUUAAGUUACCAGUUUUUGCAAAGGAUUUCCCAACUCAUUCUGACAAGGAAAAGUAUUCAUAUUCUUUUGAAAACGGGAGAUAUGCUUUUUCCAAGGUUCCAACAACAAUUCUGCAAGUGUACCAGAAUCAGGAAAAGGUUGUGGUUUUGAAAGAAAAUGAAAAAGGGUUUGUUGUUCUGGAACGCUGUCAGUUUUAUGCUGAGCAAGGAGGUCAGAAAAGUGAUAUUGGAAAACUUUUGGCUGAUGGUAGAAAUGUGUUCGAGGUAGAGAGCGCUAAGAAGUUAGACAACGGAUCAGUUACAGUACUUUUCGGACGAGCUCUCGAGCCUAUUCAGAAAGAUUUACGAGUUGAGCAGCAGCUGGACGAAAAGAGAAGAGAAGGAGUGAUGAAGGCUCACUCGGCGACCCAUUUGCUCAAUUGGGCAUUGCAAAGAAGUGGACUCGGAAACGGCCAAAAAGGCUCAUCUGUCGAUUGCAACCGACUACGAUUUGACUACUCAACUGGGGACGACUCUCUGGAUAAAUCUCAACGAACAGAAGCUCUGAAACAUUUAGAACACAUAUUGAACGAGUUCAUUAUGAAAGGAGGACUAACUUCUGUUAUUGAAACAACUUUAGAAGAGGCUAAGAAAAUUAAAAAUCUUCAAUCAGAUGUAAAAGAAGAUCGAAUUGGAGAUUCCUCCGUGCGAGUUGUAACUCUAGGAUCUGGUGUGAAUGUUUCUGUAGAAUGUUGUUCUGGAACACAUGUUCAUGAUGUGAGCAUUAUUGAAGAUGUAGCAAUCAUGUCAGAUAAAUCGAUGGGCCAAAAUCUUCGACGUAUUGUUGCAGUGACUGGCGAAGAAGCAAAAAAGUGCAGGGAGUAUGCAGAGAAGGUUUUCGAAGAAUUAAGCUCAACGGAGUUCAAGGAACGGAAUAAGAUUUUAAAGGUUUUGAAAAGGAACUUGUUCUCUGAAACAUUCUUGUAUUCCAGAAGAUUGAUUGGAAGCUUAUUCCUCUUGCCCAUCAGGCUCGGAUAUCGACUUUAG